CUUACUCAGUCUCAACUAGCUCUUGGAACUCAACUUAACCGCUGCUCCUUAGCACCAACAAACAAACUCGACACCGCCAAGCAGGCAGGGUUAAUACAUCCACAGGCAGAAGAACAUGGUCGGAAGAAGAGGUUCGACUGGCGUCAAUAGUGGAUGAAGGUUGCCGAUACCUGACAGAUACGCGGGCAGUUAACCAUUUACCCCCGAAGUUCUGGUCAACUGCUGCCAAGGAUUGUAACCACGUCUUAGAAAAUCAUCGCCCUUGUGUCAUGAGAUGACUGAAGAUUUCUGAUUCUGUGCACAACUCGUCUGGAGAAACUUUGCUGCUCAAGAUGGAGAAUGUCACUUUGGGAGCCGACGUAAAUGCGAACUUAAGCGUACAGGCGAGUCCUUACAAGACUGUUGAGAUUGUCUUUAUAUCUGUGGUAACCGGCUCUCUCAGUCUGGUCACGGUCGUGGGCAACAUAUUGGUCAUAUUAUCCAUCAAAGUUAACCGUCAACUGCAGACUGUGAAUAACUACUUCUUAUUUAGCUUGGCCUGCGCUGACUUGAUCAUUGCAAUCUUUUCUAUGAACUUGUAUACCAUCUACAUCAUUAAAGGCUUCUGGCCGCUGGGCGCUGUGGUCUGCGACCUGUGGCUUGCUGUGGAUUAUGUUGCAAGCAAUGCUUCGGUCAUGAACUUGCUCAUUAUCAGCUUCGACAGAUACUUCUGCGUUACUAAGCCAUUGACUUAUCCAGCUCGCAGGACCAACAAAAUGGCUGGGUUGAUGAUAGCCGCGGCUUGGAUCCUAUCCUUCAUCUUGUGGGCUCCUGCUAUCCUCUUCUGGAAGUUUGUGGUUGGGGAGCGCACGGUGAAAGAGGGCCAGUGUUACAUUCAGUUCCUCUCCAACCCCGUGGUGACAUUUGGUACGGCCAUAGCAGCCUUCUAUCUGCCCGUGGUCAUCAUGACCGUCCUGUACAUCCAGGUGUCGGUGGCCAGCAGGAGCAGGGUAAGAAGCCACCAGGCUGAGAGCAAGGUGGAGAAGACAUCCCGAUCUUCCAACUUGCUCAAGAGUUACUUCAGCAGGCAGCAGAAUAACAACAACGCGGCCAAGGCUUCCCUCCGCGACACUGUGAAGAAUGGACAGUUGGAGGACAAGGCCUCAGCCAACCCCGGCUCGGCCAGCCACCAGGAGAAGACUUCCAAUGAGUCCAGCUCCGCCAGCACCGUCCAGUCCAUUCCCAAAGCAGACGUGGUCCAGAACGCACAGCCUCCUGCUCUCAAUAAGAUGCAAAGCUCCAAGUGGUCAAGGAUCAAGAUAGUCACCAAGCAGAGUGGCAACGAGUGCGUGACCGCCAUCGAGAUCAUGCCCGGCAACGCCACUCACAACACGGUGGAGAGCAAGCCCGGCAACGUGGCCAGGAAAUUUGCCAACAUUGCCAGAAGCCAAGUCCGAAAGCGGCGCCAAGUGGCUGCCAGGGAGAAGAAGGUCACCCGGACCAUCUUUGCCAUCCUUCUGGCAUUCAUCUUGACCUGGACCCCAUACAAUGUCAUGGUCCUCAUCAGCACUUUCUGCGAGCUAUGCGUGCCUGAGACGGUCUGGGUCAUUGGCUACUGGUUGUGUUACAUCAACAGCACCGUCAACCCAGCCUGCUACGCCCUCUGCAACAUUACCUUCAAGAAGACUUUCAAACAGUUGCUGCUAUGCAAAUACAAGAAUAUCGGCAAUGCAAGAUAAAAUGAGACCGUGUGUGUAUGCCAUGGCUUUAAAACUGGACGUGUUGUAAAAAGCGGAUUCCCAAGGCUUUGUGCUUGUUCUUGUGCUUCCAACCUCACUCCCCUUCAAGCGAAGCAUGUACAUGCCAUAUAAGUAAAGACAUGACUGUGUGUAAAAAAGAAUUAUAAUUCGUCCCAGUGUGGUGCGGGUGGUGGGAAGAGGCAAGACCAAGUUGGAGACCCGAACGUGUCGAGCCACCGAGACCUCCCGAGCCGAGAAGCCUGUACAUUAUUAUUACCAAUAAAACAAAAGCAUAUCUGUAUAUCUAAGCAACUGAGUAAAUGCUGUGGUUGAAAUUUGAAAGAUGAGGUCGAAGAUCCCAAAGAAGGUUUUUGACGUUCACCCGAGUAUCCAGGUUGAAUUAAAGUUUACCUCUCACUCCCAGUCACCCCAGCCGUGUGACUGCAUCUCCACCCCUUUCCGCUGAGACUGUUCCCUCCGCAACUCCCUGGUUCACUCAUCCCUUCCCACACAAACUACCCCCUCCCCAGGCUCUUUUCCCUGCCACUGUAGGAGAUGUAACAUCUGUCCCUGUACCUCUUCCCUCAACUCCAUCCAG